AUGAAUGGUGUGAUUGAAUGUUCGAGAACAGGCGCUGGCCCAUUCUUGGCUUCUCGCGGCGCUAUCACUAUUGGAGCUAUCAAUAAUACCGGUGCAGCAACACCCUCGAGUUUCUGGAAUGGUUUAAUUGAUCAAGUAUCUUAUGUUUCCCGAGCCAAAAAUUCAACAGAAGUCUUGAGCGAUGCUACAUUGGUAGCAUAUUACUCGUUUGACACUGGAUUAACCUACAUAGACUCAGGACCCAAUGGGAUCAAUGGAACAGCAGGAGGCAGUGUAUCAUCAAUAACUGGACGUGUUAAUCAAGCUCUUCGAUUUAAUGCAGCCGGGUCCUACUUUCAGGCAUCGGGCUUUACACUGAUCGGUUCAUCAUACAGAUCCUAUUCUUUAGCAUUUUGGAUUUUGAAAACAUCUGGUGGUGGUAUGCUUUUAUACAUGUCAUCAUAUGCAAACGCGGCGGGUUGGUGUGUCCCCUUUGUUGGCUUGAAUUCAUUGGGUAAUAUAAUUAGUCAAGGCUGGUCUAGCAUCGGAGCAAUGGUAGUAACUGGUCCUAUUCUUCAAGUAAACGUUUGGACCCAUAUAGUAAGUUCUUACAGCUCCACAAAUGGCGUGCGCUUGUGGGUUAAUGGAGCACUGAUUGGUGCAACAGGAGGUUUCUCUUAUUCAUCUUCGGGCUUACCCAAUUCAAUCACAAUAGCUGCUGACUUUUCAUGGUUUUACUCUUGUGCACAAGGCAGCAUCAGUCUAGGCCAAUUUUAUGGAGCAAUUGAUGAAUUGAGAGUCUAUUCAAGAGAACUAAGCUCCAGUGAUAUCUAUGCAUUGGCCAAUCCUUGA